UAAGGUUUUUUUUUUAAACAAAAAUUGGCCCAAGAAAGUGCUUCAAUAUGCUCAUUUAUUUCCUUCUCUCUAGAGAUCUACCUCGGCAGCAACUCGAUCUGAUAAGGUCAACUCGAAGAACUAUGAAGGGCAGAUGAAUCCAACGCACUUAAUAUUGAAGUAUGGAUUCAUCUGGCACAGAAAAGAAGGCCGCAGUCAAACUAAAUGCCAUGUGGCGUAUCCCUUUCUUUGAUUCUUCUCCGACUGCAAACGCUUGUUCUUCUUCGUCUUCUGAGCUGCCACAUUGAGAAGAGCGACGACAAGGAGAUGGAGGAGAAGUCCUUGGGCAUGGUGAUGGUUCCACUGGGUCUGCUGUUACUGGCCACCUACCAUCCGUGGCUCCUCUUCACCAUCGCCCGAGAUCCCAAACGCACCGUCAUCGGCCUCAACGCUCAGGCGAGGGAACGCUGGGUGCGAGCCAUGAUGACCGUGAGUCUCCAUCUCUUCUUCCUCUCCUCCUCCCUUUUUCUUCUGCGGGGAAUUCCGAUCGAAUUCAUGGCCUUUGAGCACGUGCAUGCAGGACACGACGCAGAACGGCGUGCUGGCAGUGCAGACGCUGAGGAACAACAUCAUGGCGUCCACCGCCAUCACCCUCACCUCCGUCAUCAGCGUCUUCGUGAGGCUCACCACCACCACCGCGUCCGCCUCCCUCUUCCUCUACGGCAACAAGUCCCCCGCCGCCUACACCAUCAAGUACUUCACCAUCUCCCUCUGCUUCAUCCUCGCCUUCCUCUGCAACGUCCAGUCCAUACGCUACUACGCCCACGCCAGCUUCCUAGUGACGACGGGUGAAGCCGGCGGUGCGCCGGCCGACUACGUGGCCCGUAGCUUGAACCGGGGGAGCUUCUUCUGGUCGCUGGGGCUCAGGGCCUUCUACCUGUCCUUCACUCUCUUCCUCUGGAUAUUUGGGCCGAUUCCGAUGCUGGCGAGCAGUGUGGCGAUGUGCUGCCUCUUCUUCUUCUUGGACACCACCACCGAGUUCUUCCACGUCUCGGCCACCGUAAAGGAAGUUGGUGUUACAGAGGAAGUCUGAUUACAACUCAUGUCUUCAUGUGAUCUGGAUGAAGAAGAAAUCAGAUGGUGGUCAGAACACAUAGAAUAAAGAAGGUGGAUUCCCAUGGCAGUCUCUGAUGAGUCGUAAGCAAUAGAACAGUGGGGUUGUGUCGGAUGAUGUGCGGCGAGGGGCGGAAGGUGAUGCCAGAAGAACAGAGAGCACAAAGGAGUGAGAUGCAGAAGAGCUUGCAAGUCACCAUCUGUGCUCUCUAUCUUCUGUCAACAGCAUCACCAGACAGCCUCCAUUGCUUCUCACCACCACCGAGGGAGAAGUGACACUCUCAAGAAGUAGGAUGAAGGAUUCCACACUCCUAUUUAUAGGAGUGAGUAGAAAAGAGGUGUGCUCGAGGCUCAAACUAGAACAUUUCUCUUGGCAUGCCAAAAGCAGCUCCGGAUGGAUUCCUUACGGCACUCGCUGGAUCAUGAUAUCGGAUGACAGAAGCGAAGUGGAGGUGACACAAUGGCAGAGAUCGCGUGAGGGAUUGAGAUGGCACUGUCGCAACUUGGCCAGA